AUAUUAGAACAAGAGCCUCAAGUUUUUAGUCAUGCUAAUGCUGUCAAGAACCUUAUUAAUAAUCGUCAAUUUUGGAUUGAUGUUGAACAAUUGCGAAAUAUUCUUGGUUCAGCAAAGCGAGCCGUAAAAAAUGUUGAAUUUCGCACUACUAUAUUAGCUGACAUAUUUGUUGAAUUGGCGAAAAUGGCAAUUGCGAUUCAAAAAACUUCUGCUUUGUUCAAUAGUCAGUUCCGAUGUGAUUGCAUAGCUAUUUACAAUAAACGGUGGAAGGAAUUUGACACAGAUUUGUAUCUUUUGGUAUUUUUUUUACAUCCAACUUAUCGCGGUGAAUUUUUUGAGGCAAGCAUAUAUAAAAAUCAUGUUCUUAAGAAAGCAUUGGAAAUUUGGAAACAAAUUGGUGGUGGUCGAACAAGUGCCGAUUUCUUAAAAGUUCAAAUGAGCUUAUAUAAAAAUCAAGAAUCUCCCUUUGAUGAUAUGUUUAAUUCAUCCAUCAAUACGAUCUAUAAUUGGUGGCUCUCGGUUGAUCUUAAAAAAAAUGAAGAUCAUAUUAAGACUUUAGUGAUAAGAAUACAUACUAUUGUUCCUCACAAUGCUACAUGUGAGCAAGUCUUUAGUGUAUUGAGUUGGUAUUUGGAAAAGCGACGAAAUAAUAUACAUAUUAAACAGUUAGAGACUAUGGCACAGAUGCAUUCUUUUUUAAUUGAAAAUGCCAAAUCAGAACUUAAUUUUGUAAAUUCAAACUUGGAUCAAAAUGAAUUUUUAUCAAUUUUCAAUCAAAUCGCAUUUGCUAUGCAAGAAGGAAAUGAUUUAUUUAAUGAAGAAGAUUCUUUUUCUUUUCAAGAAGAAUCUAUAGAAGAAAUUUCAGAGGAUUCAGCAAUUGAUUUAAUUG